UUAGUGUUUCUGAACGGUCGUGCAUGUGUGACUAUGUUAAAAUACUUGAUUCUGUUGCUGUGUGCGUGUGUGCGUGCACAGUAUUAUUACAGGAGGGGCCAGGUGUGUGACGUAGACAACAGUAUCGGCACAUGUAAGAGUGUGAACCAGUGUCCCUACGCCCAACAACUUAUUUACCAAAAUGAAAUAAAUGCACCGUCGUGCUUCUAUGAACAGAACGUGUUAAUAGCAUGCUGCCCUAAUAACUUUGUCAUGCACAGAACGGGCACUUUUCGGGACCUCUUUUUAAGUUCCGUGGAAGGUAUCAAGCGCUCUAACGACAUGAUAUGUCGAUACGACGGUAGAGAGCCCAUAGUGUGCUGCCGAAACAGUCCUUCCCCACCGGUACGGGACGAGCCGAGGGGCUGCCCCCCCUUGCCGCGUGUGUACUUGCGGGGGAAACAGGAUAGUCAUGUUGCUUGGAGAAAGUGUCUGGAGAACCAGCGCUACACGGACAAGUGUGUGUCGGCCAAGGACGACCCAGACGAGUACGAGCGCGUCAGUACGUGCCCAGACGCAGGAGAUGGGUAUCGUAUCAUUGCUGGUACGGAUGCUGUGGCAAGAGAGUUUCCACAUAUGGCAUCGCUAGGCUGUCACUCAAUGACUGAAAACGACACGAAGGACAUCAUUUGGAUCGGCGCGGGGUCUCUCAUCAGUGACAAGUUCAUUUUGACGGCUGCUCACGUGCUACAAGAACCAACUCAUAAACUCAUAAAAUACGCACUACUUGGGACAACUAAAAAGACAGACGUUCGGGAUGGUAUUCUGUACAACAUAAUUAAGUGGUAUCCCCAUAAUCUGUACUCUCUCGCCAAUCAGACCAAUGACAUCGGGCUUGUCGAGUUGGAUAGAAGGGUAGUUUUCUCCGAGUUCAUUCGUCCAGCCUGUCUGCCGCUGCCAGACAUUGAGCUAGACACUCAACGCAUUGUAGCCGGGUGGGGCCAGACCGCGCAGGCGGGAAACACCUCGGACACACUCUUGAAGACACAGAUAGAAAUAGUGCCGAACAUUAUGUGCAUAAACCAGAUCAAAAAGAAGCACUUCAAAUGGAACGAAGCGACUAUGAUGUGCGGGAAGGGCAUCAUGGUUAACACUCCACAAGUUAUGUACACGGAUACUUGCAAGGGCGACAGCGGUGGUCCAGUAAUGGCAAAAGCCAAGAAACUCAACUGUACAUACAUCGUUGUAGCCGUGGUGUCCUUUGGCCCCACUUGUGGGAAGGGAGUCCCAGCGACGUAUACCAAAGUAGCGCCGUAUAUAGAUUGGAUCGUGGACACCGUGUGGCCUGAUGAUGUGCAUAAGCGAUGGCAUUAGAAUGGAAGAGCCAUGUAGAAAUUUAAUUUUAAACGAUUGUGAUUGAGUGAUUUAUCCAUUUCAUAAUAAACUAGCUGCGCUCCGCGGUUCCACACACAUUGCUCCGCUCCUGUUGGUCUUAGUGCGAUGAUAUUAUAUUGCCUUCCUCGG